CGUGUUUAAGGUUGAGUAAAGCAGAUCGGCAAUUGGCAGACAGAGAUAGAGGGGACAGAGAAAAGAGUUCAGGGGGCCAAAAAGACAAGUCCAGAAUACAGGAACCUGAGGAAUCCUAUAGGAGAAAAGGACUUAUUCUUGAGUUGAGUGUAUUGUUGUCGGUGCUGGGAUGGCUGGAGUAUGGCAUUGCAUGUUGGCAGUGGUUGCGUUGAUGUGUGUGUGUCUGUGGGGUUCCACUGAGGCUGUAGGGGGGGCUAAGAGUCGACCCCGACCCCAAAGACGACCUCCUAAGAAGCCAAAGGUCAACCCUGUUGACGUGACCCCACCCGCACAGAACAUAGACAUACAGCGGAUGACAGGAACGUGGUACCUGCUGAACACUGCGUCCAAAUGCUCUUACUUGAUAAAUCAUGGAACCAAGGUGGAGCCUACAGUCAUGAUCCUCACUCGUUCCUCUGCCGCUGACCAAACACUGUCUGUCAGCACCAAAACACGGCAUAAUCACCAGUGUUGGGAGAUAUUACAGGUCUACCAUCUAACACCAACUCCAGGCCAGCUAACCCUUAAAGGAGCUCGUCCUGAGCUGAAUACUGAGAUAGUGAUCGGGGAGACGGACUAUGACUCCUAUGCAAUCAUGUACUAUCAGAAACAGGACAAGAUCACCAUGAAACUCUAUGGCAGGUCUGUGGACGAUCUGUCAGAGCCAAUGUUGACCAAGUUUGAGCAGCUUGCUGAAAAACAAAACUUGGGACUGGCCUACCUCUUCCCCUUCCCCACCUACAGUCACUGUGGUGCUGUGGACCAGGACCAUGUAAUCAACUGUGUUCCCACAUGCUGAAGAGGUAGAGCUGUGCAAGGGACGGAUCCGGCCUCGCAGCGUUUGGCAGUUCUCACCCAAAUAUCUGAAUAUUGUGUCAUUUUAAAAAUGUGAACAUCAGCAAGAAGGUUGUUUAAGUGUAAGUUAGAGUAGAAAAAAAUGGUCUACUUUAAAUACUACCUAUUACAGACGAAUAAAACAAAAUGGAACACAAUCAA